AGGAUGAUGGCCACUGGUGAUGAAGAGGAAGAUGAUGAGGAAGAUAAUGGCUAACAUUUCAAGUUGUUCUGCAAGGGAUGGUGGUCUCUGACGUACAGUGUGGAAUUCCUGCUAAAGUAGUAAUGAUUAUCCAAAGAGUGGUGUUGAACUCACGUCCUGGUAAAAAUGGUGUGCCAGUGGCAGAAAACUUCCGAAUGGAAGCAGCCCCCCUACCAGAUAAAAUCACAGAUGGACAGGUACAAGCUCGAACCCUCUACCUCUCUGUGGACCCUUACAUGCGCUGCCGCAUGAAUGAAGACACAGGUUCUGAUUACCUCCUGCCCUGGCAGUUGUCUGAGGUGGCUGAUGGUGGGGGCAUUGGGGUUGUGGAGGAGAGCAAACAUGCUAACUUUGCUAAAGGAGAUAUUGUAACUUCUUUCAACUGGCCCUGGCAGACAAAGGUCAUUCUAGAUGGAAGACUCCUCCAAAAGCUAGAUCCACAACUUGUUGAUGGACACCUCUCCUACUUUCUUGGUGCAGCUGGCAUUACUGGGCUGACCUCCUUUCUAGGAAUAAAAGAGAAGGGACAUGUGACUCAGGGUGCCAAUCAGACAAUGGUUGUCAGUGGGGCUGCCGGUGCCUGUGGUUCUCUGGCUGGUCAGAUUGGCCGCCUAGAGGGCUGCUCUAGAGUGGUAGGAAUCUGUGGUACAGAUGAGAAGUGCUCCAUUUUGGUCUCAGAAAUGGGGUUUGAUGCGGCUAUCAAUUACAAGAAGGGGAAUGUGGCAGAGCAGCUGCAUGAACUCUGCCCAGCUGGCGUGGAUGUUUACUUUGAUAAUGUUGGUGGAGACAUCAGUGAUGCAGUUAUAAAUCAGAUGAAUCAGAACAGCCAUAUCAUCCUAUGUGGACAGAUAUCCCAGUAUAAUAAAGAUGUGCCUUAUCCUCCCCCACUGCCUCCUGCAGUAGAAGAAAUACAGAAAGCAAGGAAUAUCACAAGGGAGAGGUUUCUGGUAUUAAACUAUAUGGACAAACACGAAGCUAGUAUUCUACAGCUCUGUCAGUGGAUCAAAGAGGGGAAACUGAAGGUCAAAGAGACUGUGGUAAAAGGCCUGGAAAACAUUGGCGGGGCUUUCCAGUCCAUGAUGACCGGAGGCAACACUGGAAAACAGAUAGUGUUAAUUUCUGAAUAAAAAACUUUGCCUGUGAGUGUGGCCCACCAGGAAAAAUAAACUUGACUCUUUAUCUUGACUGCUGAACAAGCAUUAUUUUAUUU